GUUAGGUCUCAUACUUUAGGUUAUUGGGUUAGCUUGCAUUCAUGCAGUGCUUGUUUGAGAUCAAAGAUACCUACUUUUUUGGGAUCUAAUCAAGAUUCUAACGAGUGGUUCUGAUUGAGAAUUUUGAGAACUUCAUUAUUUUCUAUUCAGAGCUUGCUUUCUAACUGAGAAACAAAGUUCAACUUAUGCAAACCGUCAUUGAUAUGAUUACUCCAACAACUCAAUUCACCUCCUCAAGCACAAUGGGCGUGUUUGAACCAAUCCACCAAAUUAGCAUGUGGGAUGAUGCAUUUGGAGGAACCAUUAGUCCCAAUACAGAUGCGUGUAUAAUCGCACAGGCAGAUGCAAAGCUAGAUGAAAAGUAUGAAUAUGCUUCUGAUAGAUCUCUGGAACCCGCUGGAGAUGACCAAACUGCAAACAUUAAUAGAAAUAAGGUACAAAGACGUCUGGCACAAAACCGUGAAGCUGCUAGGAAAAGCCGUUUACGCAAGAAGGCUUAUGUUCAGCAACUGGAAACAAGCCGUUUGAAACUGGCACAACUUGAGCUAGAACUUGAAAGAGCUAGGCAUCAGGGUUUGCUCAUUGGGGGUGCAACUGCUAAUAUGGGAUUAUGUGGAAGCGUAAAUCCUGGUACGUUCAAUUUGUUUGGCAUGGCACAAAACGAUGUAAUCCUCAUAUUAACUUAUAAGUGCCACCAAGAUAUCUGGGAUACAUGUGCAGGAAUUGCUGCAUUUGAGAUGGAAUAUGGGCAUUGGAUUGAAGUGCAACAAAGGAAAAUUUAUGAGCUUAGAAAUGUUUUGCAGUCUCCAAACGGUGAUGUGGAGGUCCGUUUACUCGUAGAGGAUGUAGUAGAACACUAUGGCAAUCUCUUUCGCAUGAAAAGAGAUGCCGCCAGAGCUGAUGCCUUCUACUUAGUGUUUGGCAUGUGGAGAACGCCGGUCGAGCAAUUUUUCCUCUGGAUUGGAGGAUUCCAACCAUCAGAGCUCAUUAACGUUGUGAUGCCUCAACUUGAGGACUUGACAGAUCAGCAAUUAGUAAAAGUCCGUAACCUGCAACAUUCUUGUCAACAAGCCGAGGAUGCUCUCAAACAGGGAAUGGAUAAGCUUCGGCAGACUCUAGCACAGAGCAUAACAACUCUGGCCGGUGAAGCGACAAGUUACAGUUCUCAGGUGGUCUCUACUAGGGAGAAUUUGGAAUCACUGGAAAGCUUUGUACAACAGGCAGAUCAUCUUCGGGAGCAAAGUCUGCGAAGAAUGUCCUGCAUUCUAACACCACGCCAAGCUGCAAAGUGUUUGCUCGCUUUUGGGGAGCAUUUACAAAAUCUGCGAGCUCUUGGCUCACUCUGGGCUGCUAGUCCUCGGAAAUUCGCAUAAGAUACAACCUACCUUAGGUUAUGCUAGAGUUGUAAAUGUAAUAUGUAAUCAUAAUUUUGCUUAGAAGUCACUGAUUAUUGUUCUA